UUUUUGGUUCUCUAAUCAGCAUGUUGGAUUCUAUGACAGAACCUUCACUAUUAUGAUGAUGUUGAUGUCAUAGUUGUACAUUCUGUUCUCCGGGAGCUUCAGGUUCAGCUAGAGAAUCUCUCUUAUUUGGUAUCUGGACUGCUCAGCUAUACAACCCCUCUAAUAAGACUUAUUCGUUCACUACGUUCAACAAACCCGUUUACUGUUUUUCUCUCGUUCCGAACUUGACUUCUCUUCAAAAUGGACACCCGCUUCAUUGUUGAACAAGUCCAAAGAAUGAGACCGUCCUCUUUCUCAGAGGAAGAGCGGCACCGCUACAAAGCAGAAAAAAUGAUGCUGAGGCAGUUUCUGCUCAUGAAGCAGCAGGAUCAACUUCCUGAUUAUUUAUCAGUCGGAGACAUGAAGACCUGGCUGCUGACAGGAAGAAGCUUUCUGGAGGAGUUUCAGGAAAUAAUUGACAGGACAGGGAUUGAUCAUCUGUUCACAGCUGAAGUGGCCUGGACCACGGCGAGACUCUUCUGUCUCGGUCAGAUGGAAGAAGAGCUCCUGGAAGAGCUGGACAAAGAACGGUGUCUUUCCCAGCUGUUCAGCAGGAAGGUCACACUGGAGGGCCUUCAGAUGCUUGUCUCAGUCAUCCACCCGAAAGCAGAAAAGGAUGCGCAAACCUACCUUUCAGCCCUGCACAGCAAGCUGCUUGACAUCUUUGGUGGCAUUCAGAUCGCCAGCGGCCCGCUCUAUGCAGGGGACGCCAAACCAGCAGAGCUCUUGGAGCUGGAACAGAGUUAUGCGGCGCUGGUACCAGAGGUGGUGGACACUGCUCUUAAGUUCCUCCUGGAAGAACCAGAGCGGGAAAACAAGAGUGAAGCCGCCAGCGCUGAGAUUGGCAAACUGCUGACUAACUCAGCAUUUCCCUGCCUCUCUCGGUUUGGAAGGGUUUCUAAAACUCUUCUGCUCCGUGUCUGCACCAAAGAAGCUCAAUCCAUGGUCGAAGCCAUCUCUAACAGGUUCGACAGGUGCUCCAAGUCCUUCAAGCUGAUGGACUAUGAUGAAAGCUAUUACAGUGCUACAGAGGGCGUCAUCUCUGCCAUCCAGGAUAUGGACCGUGAAAUGCAGACUGAUGCAUCCAUCCAGGCUCACUUUCAGCUGGAAGAGGGACCCGUGGAGGAGAGGGAGGCUUCUCCAUGGGUUGCUCUGGAUAAAGAGGUAGACUUUAUACCAAAAGAUGUUACGGAGGACACGUACAGAAAAGUCGAGGCAACCCUCGUUCAGGACUCUGUCGUCCAGAAUAUGGCCAAUGACGAGCAGAUGGAUGCAUCCAGCCAGGCUCAAGUUCGACUGGAAGAUGGACUUCUGAAGAAGAGGGAGACUUCUCUGGACGUCUCUCCUUUGGAGGAGCUGGAAGAGGGACCCGUGGAUGAGAUGGAGGCUUCUCCACGCAAUGCUCUGGAUGAAGAGGUUGACACUUUCCCAAAUGAUGCGACUGAGGACACAUACAAUAAAGAGGACACCCUGGUUCAGGACUCUGCCAUCCAGGAUAUGGACCAUGAAGUGCAGUUUACUGCAUCCAGCCAGGCUCACCUUCAGCUGGAAGAGGGACUUCUGGAGGACAGGGAGGCUUCUCUUAAGGUCUUUUUCUCAAAGGAGCUGGAAGAGGGACUCGUGGAAGAGAGGAAGGCUUUGCCACGAGACUCUCUUGAGGAGAUGGCCACCAUGUUAAGCCUAGCUGAUGGGGACACAUCUUCUGUCACACUGGAGACCAUUGUGGCUGUGAUCUUGGAUGAUAUGGAAGUACUGCAGCAGGGGGAAGUGGAGGAAUAUGAGACACAGGACUUCCUGGUUCAGGACUGUGAUAAGAAGAAGAAGAAGGGAGUGCGUGCCUUUUUCUGUGGUUUCCGGAAGAUGAUGACAUGUUGCUUUUGUUUCCACUAAGCAAUAAAUCACAGCACUCCCUCUGCAAUAAUAUUGUUAAAUACAUUCAAUAAAACUAUUCAUUUUAA